AGCCCGAAGGGGCCCAGGCCGACACGGCUGCUGCAGAAGGGCCUUAUUCGACAACAGGGGAACAGAAAACAACUUCCAGAGGAAGAUACGGACUGUCCGUCCCCGGCUGCUGCGCGGUGCUGCGGCGCUCAGAGAAGGCGAGGAAGGGGAGGGCGAAGAGAGUCGGGGGUCACAAGCCGCUUCCUGUCCCCUCUGGCCCGACGCGGCCGGCCCUCGGGCAGCGGAGCGGGAGACGGCUGCCGGUACAGGCGGCGGAGGCGCCGGCGCCUGUCACGGCCGCUCCGUACCAACCAGGGGCCGCGGCAGGGGUGGCGGAGAGGCGCGGCGCGGGGGCGGGCAGGAGGGGUCCCGCCGCGCAGGCCGGGGCUGCCGAGCCGGCUGCCGGCCGCGGCUGCUGCGCACCGACAGCCACAACGCGCCUGCGGGCUCCUUCCGCAAAGUUUGCGGGCGGGAGGAGGAGGGGAGCCGCGGCGGGACUGCGGCGGCCGGGGCUGGAAAUGCCCCUGCGGAGCCUCCUGCCAACGGCGGGGCUGCGGCAGCGCCGCUGAAGCCCGCGCUGGCCGCCCGCCGGGACGCCUCCUCCUCCGGGCGAGGAAAGGACCGACCGGCCGCUCUGCGGCUGUGCCGCCUCCGCGCCCCCGCGGGGCUCGCCUCUUCCCGGGGUCCGGAUCCGGCUCCGGCUGUGGGAUUUUGCGCGUUCCUGCCCCAGGGGCUGCAGAGUGCGGUCCUGGGCGCCCCGCUCCCGGCUCCGCGCCCGCCCCCCGCGGCAGGUCGGUGCCCGCUGCGGCGCUCGCUGCCCCCGCCGCAGCCCCGCACGGCUGCAUGCCCGCCGCGGUCUCAGCACGUCUGGAUUCGCUGGAGUCCUGGGCCUUCCAUGCACUGCUGGUGCUGCCCUAUAUGUUUUACGUGGGCUUGUUUUUUGUCAACGUGCUGAUCCUGUACUAUGCCUUCCUGAUGGAGUACAUCGUUCUCAAUGUAGGCAUCGUCUUCCUGCCCGAGGAUAUGGACCAGGCUCUGGUAGAUCUGGGGGUGCUCUCCGACCCUGGCUCCGUGCUCUACGAAACGGACAGCGAGCUGGAUGUCUUUGACGGGUACCUGGAGUGACGCCCCGGGGGGCUCCGAAGGGACUGCGGGGUGACGGUGCCCUGCCCGGGGCCGGGUGUCCCGGCAUGGCCGUAGCUCGGGGACCGCCUGGGCCCCGCGAUGCCCUCGCCGCGUCUCGGCUCCUUCAGCGCAGCAUCUUCCCUUCCAAAUGCCCCUCGCCGCUGCAGAGCCGAGGCGGGGGAGCCCCGGGACCCGCUGCCGCCGGGCAGUGCCGCGGACACGCAGAGGGAAAUUCCUUAAACACCCGAGAUGGAUUAUGACCAGGUUAAUGGAUCAAGUCAUGGAAGGAGACUAUCAUCUGAAAUGUGGAGAUGAAAAGAAGGACAAGGGGGCAGCAAGAAGAGUUGCCAUCAGACCUUGUCCAUCGUGACUUUUCUCCGUGGUCAUUGCCUCUCGAGCGUGCACUAACUGCAGUGAUUCAUGCACCGUACUGGGCUUCCAUAGGUAAUUCUGGGAUGGACUGUGUGAGCAAAUAACAUAAGCUAUGUUCUAUUCUAAUAGACAAAUCAAGAUGUUACUCUGAUUUGAUAAACCUUUUGAACCAAUCCCACGUCACCCAAACGGACACGCUUUACAUCCCGCUUCAGCAGUUUUACAGUCACAUAGUGAAAAUCUACCAGCCAGUAGUUCAAAGACAGUGAUCUCUCAGGGGAAAAUAUGCAGGAGUGACUGCAAGGAGGUUCUGUUCAGGGCAGCAUUAUGGCAAGAACUGUGCUAGUAAGAUAUUUUAUUUAAGUAGUGAGUUUUGAAAUAGAUGAGAGAGUGAGUUUUAUAUAAGUCAGGUGGAUUCAUUAUCUAACACAGGAUACUUUGCAGAUUGUUUCAGCUCAUGUUCCUAUGUACAGAUGUGAAAGCAAUACAAUAAAGUCUGACCUUUUCCAUGAAAAA